AUGACAAAGUAUGUUGAUCCAAAUUUUUUGCCUUCUCUACUUGACACAGCCCUGAACGAAACAAAGGAAUGCGGGUAUUUGUAUGCCUUAAAAAUGCAGCAAAUUCAAGAAAUAUAUAAAGAAAACUCUGAUUUGGAUCAUCAAAUCGAGCAAAUUUCAAUGAAAAUUCAAAAUGAAAAAGGUUUCAUGGAUAACUCAGAGUCUAUUAUUCAAAACCUUCAAAAGGAGUGCGAAAAUCUUCAAAAAGAAAAUGAUGAUAAAAAAGAAGAGUUAUUCAAAUCUAUUAUGGAUAAUUGCACCUACGAAACAUAUCAAGGAGAGUAUCCAUUCAAAUAUUUAAAUGGAGUUGAAGGUGCAACUCCAUUAGUUUUCGGAAAUAUUUUGAAAUCAUUUUUACUUGCUCAAAAGACAAAACUAUUUCGACUCUAUGAUACACAUAGAAAACUAACGCAGAACGUAUUUUGUUUAGUCGAUGAAGAUCCUGAAAAUUACAAAAUUUCAGAAAACUUAGACUUUCCACAGAAUUUGAGAUAUUCAGUCACUAAUAAAUUCGAAGAUGCUAUAAGCCAAAGUGAAAUACCCGAUUACAUUCCUGAAAGCAACUAUUCAAAAUCAAUAAUUUCUCAGAUUGACAUUCCACAAAUGAAUCAAAGCAAUAAUGGGGUUGAAUUUGAAGUUAUUAACAUGUUUAAUACAGAUUCAAAGCGAAACUACCUUGUAGAUACUUAUAUUCAUAAAUUACGAGAUAGAUCACAAAAAUCCCAUGAAAAAGUCUUAUCUCUUUUGAACGAUAUCGAAAAACUACCUGUUCCUGAUGUUGACUACAGCAAUCCUACCUUAAAAUCCCCAUCUUUUACUCAUGAUACAGCAAAUACCAUAAAAGAUGCACAAAAUGCAAUAAACAGGUUCGCAACUGUCAUUAGUAUGGGCCAUAUAUCUCAGAUAGAGACAGAGAACGCAAUCCACGAGCAAUUAACUGAUUUAGUUGACUCAAUCAAAUCUGCCAAUAAAAAUCUGUCGAAUUUCUUCCACCAAGGUAAAAUUCAGCCCAUCAAUACUAAUAAUGAGCAGAAGGAGACAUCAGUACACGUAAUUCCGCCUUCACAAGUCGAGAAAACUUUUGAUUUGGCAGAAUCUGCUGAUGAAGUCCUCAGAGAAGUCUCCACGCAGCAAAACUUGAUGAUAGAGAACAUGGUAUCAAUACAAAACCAGCUCAGAGAGAACGAAGUCCGUGCAAAAUCGACUCCGAUUUCAUCUUCAAGUUCUAUAGACAUUUCGGACAUUAUUAAGUUGCAGGAUGAAAUAGUUCAGAAGCAGAAUGAAGAAUUUAACGAAAUUUCCGAAAUUUUCGAGUUAUUGCCACAAAAUAUCAAAGAUUCAUUAAAAAAUAUUCCGUUUCCUGGAAAAGAGUCAUUGGAAAAUAAUUCUGAACCAAAUUUGGACCUAGAUUUUGAGAUUCCGAAGCUGACUCCGAAAUAUAAACCAAAACAAAGCUCAAACAGCGAUCUUUUGGCUACUGUUCGCUCCAGAAAGUACUUGUAUUACAGCAGACCAGAGGAUUUGCAGAUCCAACAAAGAGUUGUCGAAGAAGAAAAUAAAAUCCAAAAAAUUUACGACGAUUGGCUGGCCAAGAACUUUACAUAUGAUGAGGCCAAGGACCCAAUAGCAAUUGCAGCCGAACUAAAUGGCCUUAAAGAGCAAUUACAACAAAAAGAAGAAUUAUUAUCAAAGAGGAAGCAACAGAACGCGAUAAAUGAGGACAAAAACAAAACUAAUGUUCCUAAACGUGAGCAAUUGCAAAAAUCUAUUGGCGAUUUGCAAAAAGAAAUCAAUGUUUACGAAAAAGGCCUCAAAACAGCAGAUGAUAAAUCUGCAAAGUUCAGAGACUUGAUACGUGAAAUGACCAAGAAAAUUUCGGAGACAAAACUCAAAAUUGAUAAAAAAGAAAAGGCACAAAAAGUUAUUAAUGAGCUAACCAAUAAAAUUAACUCCAUUGAUGACUACAUCAAAGAACAGAAACAAAAAAUUAAAGAAGGAGCAAAUUAA